GUAUAAGAAUUCGAUCAUUAUGUGUUUCUCAUUGUGCGCCUCUCACACUGCAGGGCACAGAAUGGGAGGAGCUGCUGCGGUGUCACCUGCUCCGAGUGCGCCCACUGCAGGUGUGAGAAGACGGACAGAGAGGUCUUACGGACAGCCGGUAUGAUGCCACAACUCCGGACACUUACGGUGAUGCGCGGUACCAGAGCUCGCAUCUUACGUAAGAUCUGCAGGAACUGUCUGAAUCUCACAACUUUGCAGCUUCACGGCUGUCAGAAGAUGAACUACUCGCUCCUGAAGUACAUAUUUGAGAAGUGUCCGAAGAUAGAGAAGCUGAUAAUCGCCAACAACUUACUGGCCGACCGACAGUACGCGGAGUUGGUGUCGCGCCUGGAACACUUGCAGAGCCUGGAAGUGUUCGAGAAUCGGAGAGGUGCGGGGCCCGUGGUGCUGCGCUUCCUGGCAGACACCUGCUCGAAGUUGCGGGAGAUAAACCUCAGCUGUGACUACCACCCACUGGAGGACGUCGAGUACUUCGUGAAGGCCAAGAGGGACACACUCACUUCUGCCACCGUGCGCUGGACCAUGGCGGGGAAGAGAUGUGUGGUUCCCGUGCUGAAAGAGGCCGCCAGCUCUCUCGAGAAACUGCAGCUGCACCUCUUUGACGUGGCACCCGAGGAGGAGGCCGCGACGUUUGCAGAUCUCGGAGAGCUGCACAACCUGCGUGAACUGCACUGCAACCAGCUGUGCCCGCACCGGCCUUGCCUCAUCUCUCUCGCCUUCCAGCCCGGCUGCCUACCACUGCUGCAGAAGUUGGACCUGCCGCACGCCACCGACCUCCCGGAUGACGCGGUGGUCACCAUUUCUCGGGGGUGCCCGUCACUGCGCCACCUGAGCCUGACUUUUGCGACGAGUCUCACAGACGGAGCACUUGCCGAGAUCCACCGUCUUAAACACUUACAGAUACUGGAUCUUUCCGGAUGCAGUGGGCUGGGCGGAUCUGCCGUGGCGCACGUGGCGCAGCUGCCGGCCCUCCGCACGCUGCUCCUCCAGUACAUUGACGACCUGACAGAUCUGCAGCCGAGCCUACGGCACGUCCUGGACUUGAAGCAACUGCGCUGCCUCGAUAUCCUGUACAGCGGCCACAUCAGAGCUGUGCCAUUUGAAGAAUUUUCUGUCAGGCUCGUGAACCUCAGAGAACUACAUGUGACAUAUGAGGAAGAGGAUGAGGUUUUCUACAAAAAUGUUUUUGCUGAGAUGCAGAGUCAAAUGCCUCGGCUCAGGAUAAUUAAUACUUUCCGAUGGACAGAGAAUGACUUCCUAACAGAUUACGAAACGGAUGAUGAUGAUGACACCGACAUAGGGUACUGAGAAAUAAUUUUGGUUUUCAGACUGCAGAAUGUAACAUUGGAGCCCCUGGAUGAGUGAACUGUUUGAAAAGCAAGUAAAAGACAAAAUAUGGAUUUAUGAAAUUAUUGUAUAAGAGCCAAGAAAGUGUUGGCCGAAAUAAAAAUGCAAU